AUCAAGGUCAAUGGUCAGUCCUGAACUUGUCUUCUCACAGACGAUCAGUACAUGAGGUCAAAAUGCUGGACCAUAGUUUAUAGCGUUCUGUAAAAAAACGUUCCUGUUAAGACUCGCCAAUGCUUCGAGUAGCCACCAGAGGGCGACAAGAGCAAACCAUCAGGUCCAAAGCUGGCACCCGCCCGCAGCCGUCUUCCCACAUGAGAGCCCAGCAUCAGCAUCAGCAUGAGCACUCUGCAGUCAGCUGCAUCAGAGAGUCCUACAGAGGGCGCCAGAGGCCCAGCAGGGAAGGCUGCAGUAGGCGUCCGGGAGAGGGGCCCUCGGCUCUGCCAGCGACUGCCCUCUAUUGUGGUGGAACCCACUGAAGUGGGUGCUGUGGAAAGUGGGGAGCUGCGCUGGCCACCUGAGGGCACCCAGAGGAGUAACCCUCAGAUCCAGGCUGCUGCUGUUCCUUCCUCAAGUCCACCAGGAGCGCCAGGGAAGGCAGCAGAUCACGAUGGCAUCGAGGGUGUCAGCUCUGGGCACCAGGCAUUCCGUCCAGUAACAGAUAAGAGCAUGGCAGACUCUGCUCUCUGA